CAAAGAUGGGAGCUCUUUGUAGCUGCCUCAGGCCGGUGGGCGCUUCUCCACCGAAGACUACUCUGGAGCAACUCUUGUCUUUCCCAGAGAUUCCAAUAUCAUCAAAUCCGUCCAAGGACCGAUGGCGACGGACAUGGGACUACGUAGAGACCUCUUCCAGCCUACUGACAACCUUCCCAUCCUUUCCUCGUCAGUUUAUUCACUCCAAUAAUCUCGUCGAUGUCAUUCUGGCUGACAUCCUUCGAAAGCUCGGCAAGGAGGUCGAUACCGAUCAAGAGCGAGGCUCAUCAUUUGAGUGGGCUCUCGAACUGGCCGUCAGCGCUGCCGAGAGCACAAAGGGUGCUUCGGAUUUGUCACACUUCAGCCGAACUCCCUAUUAUCACUCGAAUGUAUAUUAUACAGGGGCAUGUUCACCGUGGAUCUGGGACACAGCUGAUAGCUUGGAUAGGACGGCUUCCACCAGCGACGCUGCUGCUGCCUUCCCCACCACUAGUACUAGUGGUACCGUCGACACCCCAACCACUUCAGCGAACCUAAGGGCCGCUGACUACCCACCGGAGCCCUGUUGGAAAGAGAAAGUGGACAGCUUUGGAACCGCCGCCUUCCACCGUGGACUCUUUGGUCUCGGAAUAACAGAGACCGGACCGGAGUUGGUACUUGCCAUCCUGGAGGAGGAGGCAGAUUGUUGGACCCCUUCCGCUGUGUUCAAAGCAGUCGUCAAAGCAGUCCGCACCGCCAAUGUCAUCAUUGACGACGAUGGGCGAGCCAUGAUCACCCAUUU